UCAUGCAUACAAAGCGCAGAGCAGUGUUGAAGGUACCUUAAUAAGCUUAAAAACUAUGGCUACCAAACCAGGGAUCUUGACUGACUGGCCAUGGAAGCCUCUUGGGAGCUUUAAGUAUGUGAUUUUGGUCCCAUGGAUGGUUCAUAGCACAUACUCAAUGAUAGUCAAGGGAGAAGGCGAAACAGACCUUUUCUACUUUCUCACAUUCCCGUUCCUUUUGGUGAGGAUGAUUCACAAUCAGAUAUGGAUUUCUAUUUCUCGUUACCAAACAGCCAAAGGCAAAAAUAGAAUUGUAGACAAAAGUAUCGAAUUCGAGCAAGUUGACAGAGAAAGAAAUUGGGAUGACCAGAUAUUGUUGAAUGGGAUCAUAUUUUAUAUAGCAUACAUGACAAUCCCUCAGAGUCAUAACCUACCCUUCUGGAGAACAAAUGGUGUAGUUAUCACAAGUUUGCUUCAUGCGGGUCCAGUGGAGUUCCUCUACUACUGGUUUCACCGAGCAUUACACCAUCGUUAUCUUUACUCGCGUUAUCAUUCCCACCACCAUUCUUCCAUCGUCACUGAACCUAUUACAUCUGUGAUUCAUCCUUUCGCGGAACACAUAGUAUAUUUCAUGCUCUUCUCAAUACCGAUAUUGACCACAGUGUUCACCGGAACUGGUUCCUUAGUAUCCUUAACUGGUUAUAUUCUGUAUAUUGAUGUCAUGAACAACAUGGGUCACUGCAACUUUGAGCUCAUUCCAAAGAGCCUCUUCUCCAUCUUCCCUCCUUUAAAAUAUCUCAUGUACACACCUUCGUUUCAUUCAGUACAUCACACCCAAUUCCGCACCAAUUAUUCACUUUUCAUGCCUAUAUAUGACUAUGUCUAUGGAACAAUGGACAAGUCCACGGAUGCUGUAUAUGAGACUUCACUUGAAAGACCUGAAGAGUCACCAAAAGUGGUACAUCUAACCCAUCUGACCACAUUGGAGUCCAUCUAUUAUCUAAGGCUAGGAUUUGCCACCUUGGCCUCCAAGCCCCACACUUCCAAAUGGUACUUGUGGUUGAUGUGGCCUAUGACAUCUUGGUCCCUGAUCAUCACGUGGAUCUAUGGAAAUACGUUUGUUAUAGAGGCAAACACCUUCGAAAAGCUCAAAUGGCAGUCUUGGGUGGUUCCAAGAUACACUGUACAAUACAAGUUACAAUGGCCAAGGGAAGAAAUCAAUAGCAUGAUUGAAAGAGCCAUACUACAUGCUGAAAUGAAAGGAGUUAAGGUGCUAAGUCUAGGCCUACUAAAUCAGGGUGAGGAACUUAAUAGGAAUGGUGAGCUUUACAUCCAAAGGUACCCUCAGCUGAAACUAAAUCUGGUGGAUGGAAGUAGUUUAGUAGUGGCUGUUGUGCUAAAUAGCAUUCCAAAAGGAACAACCGAAGUGCUCCUUAGAGGCAAACUUACUAAGGUUGCUUAUGCCAUUGCCAAUACUCUAUGUGAAAGGGAUAUAAAGGUGGCAACAUUAUACAAGGACGAGUAUGAGAAGCUUCACUUAAGGCUUACCACCAAGAUGAAAAGUAACUUAAUACUUUCAACAAGUUAUGCUCAGAAGACAUGGUUAGUAGGAGAUGGAUGGACCGAAGAGGAACAACUGAAGGCAUCAAAAGGAACAUUAUUCAUUCCUUUUUCUCAAUUCCCACCGAAGAACAUGAGCAAAGAUUGUUUCUAUCAUAGCACACCAGCAAUGAUCGCUCCCAAAUCUUUUACGAACAUUCACUCUUGUGAGAACUGGCUAACAAGAAGAGUGAUGAGUGCUUGGCGUAUUGCUGGGAUAUUGCAUGGUUUAGAAGGAUGGAAUGUGCACGAGUGUGGGGACUCCAUGUUCAACAUCGAGGAGAUAUGGCAAGCAAGUCUUCGACAUGGUUUCCAACCAUUAACGAUGCCCAACUGAUCAUGCUUAAUUUGAGCUUGCUCUAAUAAAAAUAAGAGUGUAUAUCUAUUUGCUUAAAAAGAUUUUUAAGAAGAUAGAUUUGACACUAUAUUAGAAUUCUACAAUAAAUACUCGAUGAAAUAUUAUCUAUGUCAUUAUCUAAAUGAUGAUUUAUCCUAAUUAACCAUGUAUCUGAAACUGUAUUUUAUUUCUGUGACUUUAUUUUAUGAAUUUA